UUAAAUACGUUUAUAUAUCAAUCCGACCAUUAAACAGCUUUCAACCUAUCUAUCUAUAUAUCUUUAUCUGUUUACGUGUUGUUUAUUUUGUCUAUCUAUCUAUGUAACAUAAAAAGCUGCCGAAAGAAGUCGUCUGAGAUCUAUUACGUAAAUAGGAUGAAGGUUAUGAACAGUGUUUGUGAUAUCAGCGGUUUCCUCAUAUGCAUAAACUGCCGUUAAAAAAGAUGCUAUAUAUAUAUGUAUAUACAAAUAUAAAUAUCCAUCUUUUCAUCAAUCUAUCUAUAUACGUACAAAAAAAAAGAAAAGAAAAGAAAAAAAUGAAACACUUAUGAACAAACGAAAGUUUCUGACUGCCGCGUAAAGCCUAUUUUGAUAGUCGGAGGGGGAAAAAAACCUGUCCGCGGGGACUGUCUCUGCCCGCGAGCUGCUGAGACCGCGAGGGUGUGGCUGAGGAUGAGCAGGUAUAAAAGAACCGACUCUUCUGCCAACCGCCACAUCGUCCUCGACCUUCACCACAACAUGAAGAUAAUCGUAAGUACACGUUUUUAGAUGGAAGCCGAAGAGGCUGUAGUAGAUCAACCGUUGUUUGAGCCAACUACAGAAGCAUUGUGUAUACGUGAACUGCUGUGUGGAUAUAGCAAUCACCAUACAAUUUUUAUCAACGUUUACAUUGAACCUUGUUUUAUUAGAUUUCUUAAGUUGCCUGGGUGAUUAUAGUCUGGAUGUUGGAUUGCUGAAUAGAAAGAAAAUAUAUCAAAAGACAGUGUCCUUGAUUAUGGCGAUGAUGGGGUGAGAAUGUACACAUGAAUAUAGUGUCAGUCACAAACAUCAACUGAUGAAGUUCACAUUUUUGGUUACAGAAAUAAUUCCGUUACACUUAAUUAUCUAUUCGUGCUAUCGAUUUCAGAAAACUCAAAUCUAUGCUAUGUAACUAACAUUUUUGCAAUGCAGGUGUUGACAGCUCUGGUGGCCUCGUGCUGCGCGGCCCCGCAGAUGUACCCGGCGAUGUCAAGUGCACUGGUUUAUGCUCAGUCCAACUCUCCUGCCGUGAUGAAGAUCCCCGAGCCAGGCAUCAAUCUGGGCACUCCCCUGGUUGCCCGCGCCCCCGUCGUCGCUGCCCCAGUCUCGGUCGUCCGAAACGCCGUCCCUGUGGCUCCAACUGCCCCGCUGCUCAAGAGCACGACAGUCGUGGCCUCAGCUGUCCCCGUCCCCGUGGCUCCGGCUGCCCCUGUCCCCGUGGCUCCGAUUGCCCCUGUGUUCAAGAGCGCUGUCCCUGUCACCGUAGUGGCGCCGCCUGAGCCCCUCAUGGCCCCUGAACCCCCCAUGCCGUCCCUCAGCGUCCCUCACGUGGGAGGCCAAUUCCACGCCCAAGACGAGGCUGGCCAGUACACCUUCGGCCACUACGGCGGCCCCAACACCCGUGUGGAGAGCAGGGACUAUCUGGGUCGUACCUCCGGCAGCUUCGCCUACGUGGACCCCGAGGGAGACGUCCAGGUGAGGAAGUACGCCGCCGCCCCCGUCUCCGGCUUCAGAGUGGCUGCCUCUGACCUCGUCGAGGACACGCCCGCCGUGGCUCAGGUCAAGUCCGCCCUCGCCCGCGCCCACCAAGCCGCCAAUUCCCUGGUCACAGCCGCAUAAGUCACAACAGAUUGCACUUUACAGGAACUGUAAAUAUAUACAGUAAAUAAAAUUAUGA